AUCGAGGAAGAACCCACCACAUGAUUGGCACGUAGCAAACAAACCACGCAAAUUGUCUGUACUCAAAUUGUCGCUAUGGGCUGUGGUUGGCUGAGGUGCUCGUUCUCUCCCUUCUCCCACAAACCCACUGAACUGGUCAGGUUCUCUACUAUUCCGUACUGGGUUUUCUGUGUUUUGAUAUAUUCAUAAUUUAUGGCUUCUGCAAUGCUCAAUGGAGCUGAAAACCUCACACUCAUCAGAGGAAUAACCCCAAAAAGGUUAGGAUUUAUCGGGUCAGAUUUUCAUGGGAGGCAUCUUUCCAAGAUGGGUUUGGUGUCCUGUAGUAGAACUUCCAGGGGUAGAACCAUCUUGCCCAAGUGUAGUGCAUCGGCUCCAGGGCCGGCUUCACAGCCUAGGUUCAUACAGCACAAGAAAGAAGCAUUUUGGUUCUAUAGGUUUCUCUCGAUUGUGUAUGACCAUAUCAUAAACCCUGGGCAUUGGACUGAAGACAUGAGGGAAGAUGCGCUUGAGCCUGCUGACCUCAGCGACAGGAAUAUGAUAGUCGUAGAUGUCGGGGGUGGAACUGGUUUUACCACUUUGGGGAUUGUUAAGCACGUGGACGCCAAGAAUGUUACAAUUUUAGACCAGUCGCCUCAUCAGCUUGCUAAGGCUAAGCAGAAGGAGCCCUUGAAGGAAUGCAAAAUAAUCGAGGGUGACGCAGAGGAUCUCCCUUUUCCUACUGAUUAUGCAGAUAGAUAUGUAUCGGCAGGAAGUAUUGAGUACUGGCCAGACCCACAGCGUGGCAUCAAGGAAGCUUACAGGGUGUUAAAACUUGGAGGAAAAGCAUGCGUAAUUGGCCCUGUUUAUCCAACAUUUUGGCUGUCUCAAUUCUUUGCAGAUGCGUGGAUGCUCUUUCCAAAGGAGGAAGAGUACAUGGAGUGGUUCAAAAAGGCUGGAUUUAAGGAUAUCAAAUUGAAAAGGAUUGGCCCAAAAUGGUAUCGUGGGGUUCGUCGCCAUGGGUUGAUAAUGGGAUGUUCUGUUACAGGUGUAAAACCCGCAUCUGGGGAUUCUCCAUUGCAGCUUGGUCCGAAGGCAGAGGAUGUAACAAAACCUGUAAAUCCUUUUGUGUUUUUUAUGCGCUUCAUAUUGGGUGUCAUGGCGGCUACUUACUAUGUUAUCAUUCCAAUUUACAUGUGGCUCAAGGAUCAAAUCGUACCCAAAGGACAACCAAUAUGAGACAGUGAGAUUCUGGUUGGCAGUUGUACCUGAGUGUGAUGCUCUUCUCAGAGUAGAUUUUCUUCUCUUAUAAAAUAAGUUGCGCGUCCGUGGUCUUUUACUUUCGUUUCUAUGUUUCUGUUUAAGGGUAUAGCUUGGUUCUUCUAGUAUAAGUUUCUACCAGAAUUUUCGGUUGUUUAAGUGUCAUACUGUUCAAAGUUUUGUGAGUAACCAAUGUUAAGAUGACUAUAUUUCUGAUAAGGUAUGCUACUAUAUGGAAUUUAUAUCUGUUGAUUAACUCCUGAGCUAAGACAGCUAUUGAAAAUGCCAUGGUGAUCUUGUUAUUCA